AGGUUCGUUGGUAAAAUAAUCUCUGUAUUUUGUGUUUGAAUCUUUUAGGAAUGAAGCUUAGCUGAAUAUGAUUUACUGUACCAUAAUUUACAAACCCUAACUUCAAUUGACCUCACUUUCAUAUACUAAUAUUCCUCGUGUUAAUUCAAUAAAAAUCUACUUGUAUUUUUCAUUAUUAUUCGUAUAAAUUUCGAUCAAAUCGAGUGGAAAACCCUAUGCAAUAGCUUUGUAGAUUUCACCUACAUACUGGUUCGCUGAAUUAGGGUUCAAUUGUGUUUGGAUUGAAUUGAAGCUGCGAAAAUGUUGUCCUUCGAAAUGAAUGACCGCAAAAAGAUAGGGCUAGGAUUGACGGGAUUUGGUGUGUUUUUCUCAUUCUUGGGGAUCAUAUUUUUCUUUGACAAGGGACUAAUUGCCAUGGGAAAUAUCCUCUUCUUCUCGGGUGUGGCACUGACCAUUGGUCUCAAGUCAUCACUGCAGUUCUUCAGUAAACGUAGUAAUUUCAAGGGAACAAUAGCAUUUGGUCUUGGCUUUUUGUUGGUUAUUAUUGGUUGGCCUAUAUUGGGUAUGAUUCUUGAGGCAUAUGGAUUUGUUGUACUUUUCAGUGGUUUCUGGCCAACAUUGGCAGUUUUUCUGCAAAAGAUACCUGUUCUAGGUUGGAUCUUCCAGCAGCCCUAUAUCAGAACGUUCUUUGACCGCUACCGUGGAAAACGUGUCCCUGUAUAGUAUCAUUUUCAAAGAUACACAGCAAGCGAGAUUGAUUAGCUAGCCCACUUGUACGAAUUUGUAAAGCACCGUGGUGUGAGAUUUAUAUCUAGAAGAAUGAUGGUAGUAAUAAUAGUUUGUUCCUAGUUGGUUAUAUCGGCCCUUCUAUGCUUAAUGCAGUUCUUUCUUUGGCUUUUCUGUAACUACAAACAAUUAGUCCAAGAAAAAUACCUUGUACGUAGUUACCGGUAUAACUCUUUUGUUUUCAUUAGUGAUUGUUCUUCACCAAUUA